GUCAUAUAGUUUUGACAUGAGGUCGGUGUUACUAUUGAUCACGAUAUGUGGCAUAGUGCAAGGAUUGUGCAAAGCAGAUACACUUGUGUCUACCAAGUUGGGGACUAUUAAAGGAACCUCUGGUGAUGGGUUCACCAGAUUCUUAGGCAUACCUUAUGCUGUGGUCGAUGAAAAGAAUCCUUUUGGGCCAUCAGUGCCACAUCCAGGGUUUGAACAGGUCUUCCAUGCAACUACAACCAGACAAUGUCCCCAGAUGAGACAAGGCAUCCCAACAGGCAGCAUUGAUUGCCUUAACUUGGACAUUUACGUACCAAAUACUGCAAACUCAAGUAGACCUUUACCUGUAAUGGUUUGGAUUCAUGGUGGGGCCUGGGUUGGUGGUACAAGCACCACACAAGCAACCGACCCUGUAACCCUGCUAAAUCAUGAUGUUAUUAUAGUAGCUAUAAACUACAGAGUAGGUCUAUAUGGUUUCCUAUGCUUAGACAUUCCUGAACUGCCCGGUAACCAAGGACUAAAAGAUCAAACACUAGCUCUAAGGUGGAUUAAGAACAACAUUGCUGCCUUUGGUGGCGAUGACAGCAAUAUCACACUUUUCGGAGAAAGCGCUGGUGGUAUGUCUGUAAAUAUGCAUCUAUAUUCACUAAAUGAAAAGCUUUUUGAUAAAGCAAUUAUACAAAGCGGUCCAGCUUUAAGUUAUUGGAUGAUGGUGAAAUCUAAUGAUACGAUACCUUUGAUACUCGCGGAAGAAUUUGGGUUCAGAACUGCAAAUAUAAAAGACGCUCUGCGAUUCAUUUCUACUAUUGACCCACAUUUGUUGGUUUUAAGAGCUUUUGAAUUGGGAAUUACUAGUUCUGCAGGCAAUGACCAACCACUGACUAAGCCUUGUGUUGAGAAACCGUUCGACGGAGUCGAUCAUUUUAUUACUGAACAUCCAAUGAAUUUAAAAUCUAGUAAAGCACACCAAAUGCCUAUAAUAAUAGGACAUACCAGACGAGAAUUUCAUUUCCAAUAUGCUUCACGAGAUCAGGAUUUUUUUGAUUCUUUCGAUUUGAAAACACUUUUUGAAAUGGGAUUCUAUGUAGAAAAUGAGAUGGAUGAGGCCCUGAAUACAGUAAAACAUUUCUAUUUUGGUGACGAGAAAUUCAGUAAGGAAGAGCUAAUACAGUUGGGAACCGAUCUCAUAUUUGGUCACUCAACCCAGAGGAUGGCUAACCAACUGCUUGAAAGUGGAGCCAAAAAUGUAUUCAGAUAUGUUUACUCGUAUGAGAAUGCUAGUCAUGCAGAUGAGCUGGCGUUUUUAUUUGAUCAAGGUCUCCGGUUCAAUCAAGCGUCAGAGGAAGAAAAAAUCGUGCUCAUGCAAUCUCCAAUGAGAGCCCGGCUAACUCUGCUUUGGACCAACUUUGCUAAAUACGGAAACCCAACUCCUGAACCUACAGAGCUCGUUCCAUUCAUAUGGCCACCAAUAACGAAGACUACUCAGCCGUACUUAGACAUGGAUUCCGAGUUCACUCUCAGCAGCAGACCUGACCACAGCAGAAUGGCUUUCUGGGACUUGUUCUAUAAACUCUAUGGAAAGUACCAGAUGUGGUACUGAUAGAAAAUACAACCAAGGACAGACAUGUUUUGAGCCGUAAUCAAAUAAAUACAUGGUAUACAAUUAAAUACAAUUUAUGUUUUGCAAUAAA